AUGGGCAAGAAGUCAAACAAGAACCAGGAGCAGGUCGUCGACCUCACCCUUGCAGGCCCCAAGGACUGCGGCGUGAUGUUCGACAGCUCGGACGCCGUCUUGGACGAGGCCAAGAAGAUGGUCCGCCUCGACCACGUCUCCAAGCCCUGGACUCGCGAGUCCUGGGAGAAGGCUAGGCCCUUCAUCCUCGAGCAGCGCCAGAAGCUCGAGACCACGGGAUGGACCGGCACCGAUUCGGCUCGUACCGAGCUCUACGUGCUCCGCCGCAGCGCUCCUCACGGCGCCUUCACCGAAGACGGCUUCAUGUACGUCAGGAUCCCCAAGAAGUUCAUCGACUUCCUCCGAUGCAGCCGACCCGCCGAUGAAGACAAGACCGAGGAGCACGACGAUGGCAAGCAGCGCAAGACGCUCCGCCGUCGCAAGGAGAAUGCUCCUUCCUACAAGCUCGACAACGAGUUCAUCUGGAAGGUGCGCGUCGAUGGUGAUGGUGACCAGAGCGAUCGAGACCCCAACGUGAUCCUCGACGUCCCAGAGCCAUUGGAGAACAUCUUCUACCUUGUUCAGUGUCUCUCGCCCGGUAUGGCCAGGCUCCAGUACAACCGCAAGGAUGCCAUGCAGCCCAACACCAAGCAGUCGGAUCUUCGCGACGACCCAGAAGCCCCCGCUAUGCGACACCGCGCCGUGUUCGCCGCAAGCGAGAAGAUGGUUCGCACGCUCCCUCCCGUCUUCUGGAUGAAGAAGAACGAGAUCGAGCUCCGCAAGAUCCUCGGCGCCGAGGCCUACGAAGCCACCAUGCGCGCGUGCCAGGACGACAGCCGCUCGCACGUUCGCGACGUCAAGGGCCUCAACGAGAAGGUCUGGGAAGAGGCCCUGCCCCCGCGCUCGGAGGACAAGAAGAGCAAGAAGGCAAAGGCCCCGAGGGUGUCGAAGGCGGUGGCGGCAAGUGCAUGA